GUUCCGAUUGUUAAUCUCAUCUCAUUCGAUCGUCGAGUUGCGUUGAGCUCAGAGAAUCGCAGUAUGAAAUGGUUUAUGUUACUUGCGGUGGCUUCAGCUGUGGGCUUAGCCUCCUGCGAUUCCAACUACAACCACUAUCGCCUGCCAACGGCUAUUCGUCCCCAGAAGUAUCAGUUGAGCAUCUUGACCCUUAUGGAGCAUCCUCAAGAGUCUACAUUUAAUGGAACUAUGAAAAUCUUAAUAGAGGUCCUGGAAAACACCAGGAACAUUACGCUGCACUCAAAGGAUUUAACCAUUGAUGAGUCCCAGACAACUCUAAGCCAAGUCAAUGGAUCACAGAAGCAGGAUAACUGCGUAUCCUCCACUGCGGUGAAUCCCAACCACGACUAUUAUAUUCUAAACACAUGCCAGGAACUGUUGGCUGGCAAUGUCUACGAACUAACCAUGUCCUUUUCCGCCGAUCUGAAUGCGCAACUUGAGGGAUACUACCGUAGUUCCUACGAAGAUCCUGAAGCAAAUGAGACGAGAUGGAUCACCAUUACGCAAUUCGAACCAGCUUCGGCUCGUCUGGCUUUUCCCUGCUUCGAUGAACCCAACUACAAGGCUCCUUUUGUGGUCACAUUGGGACACCACAAGAAGUACAAUGCUCUCAGCAAUAUGCCAGUAAAGAAAACAAAGCCACAUGAAUCCCUCCCGGAUUACGUGUGGACUGAAUUCGAAGAGUCAGUGCCCAUGUCCACUUACCUGGUGGCCUAUUCCAUCAAUGAUUUCUCCCACAAACCUUCAACUCUGUCCAAUGGAGCUCUCUUCCGCACUUGGGCUCGACCCAACGCCAUCGAUCAGUGUGUUUACGCCUCGGAAUUUGGACCCAAGGUUCUUCAGUUUUACGAAGAGUUGUUCGGGAUCAAGUUCCCGUUGCCCAAGAUGGAUCAGAUUGCGGUGCCCGAUUUCUUUGCUGGUGCAAUGGAGAACUGGGGACUGGUUACCUACAGGGAGUCCGCCCUUCUCUUCUCACCAGAGCAUUCGGCGUUGGACGACAAACAGCAUACGGCGGAGGUGUUGGCUCAUGAAUUGGCCCACCAGUGGUUCGGCAACUUGGUGACCAUGAAGUGGUGGACGGAUCUGUGGCUGAACGAGGGAUUCGCCACCUAUGUGGCUACCUUGGGCUUGGCACACGUUCAUCCAGAGUGGCGUUCCUUGGACAAGGAGUCGGUGUCUAAUCUGCUGACGCUUUUCCGAAAGGACUCCCUGGAAAGCAGUCAUCCCAUCUCAAGGCCCAUUCAAUUGGUCUCGGAGAUAUUCGAAAACUUCGAUGCGAUCGCUUACGAAAAGGGAUCGUCAGUGAUACGGAUGAUGCACUUGUUCCUGGGAGAGGAGGCAUUCCGCUCCGGCCUGAAGUCUUACCUUCAGAUGUAUAAAUAUAAGAAUGCGGAACAGGAUAACCUCUGGGAAUCGCUAACCCAGGCGGCACACAAGAAUGGUGCUCUACCGAAGGACUUUGAUAUCAAAACCAUUAUGGACUCCUGGACUCUGCAAACAGGUUACCCUGUAAUCGACGUGACCCGUGACUAUGCAGCAGGAAGUGCGGAGCUCACCCAGGAGCGCUACCUUCUGAACACCGAGGUGUCCCGGUCCCAUAAUGGAGGAUGCUGGUGGGUGCCACUGAGCUACACCACCCAGUCAAAGCUGGAUUUCAACAACACGUCGCCCGAGGACUGGUUAGAGUGCAAUAAGGAUGGGCAGAGACUACCUAAAAAGAUCGGGAACCUACCAGGAGCCGACCAGUGGGUGAUCUUCAACACCAAGUUGUCGGCGCCCUACAAGGUGAACUACGAUGCCAAGAACUGGAAGCUUCUUAUUCGAACCCUGAACAGCAAGGACUUCGAAAGCAUCCAUUUGGUCAAUAGAGCUCAACUGAUUGACGAUGUCUUGUACUUCGCCUGGACAGGAGAGCAGGAUUACGAGACCGCACUGGGAGUGAUCGAGUACCUUCACAGGGAGCGGGAACUACUUCCUUGGAGAGUGGCUUUGGACAAUCUUAAGCUGCUGAAUCGAAUCAUUCGACAGACACCCAAAUAUGGCUCCUUCAAGCGGUUCAUUAAGAAGUUGAUUACCCCGAUCUACGAAGAUCUUAAUGGUAUCAACGACACCUUCAGCACUAUCCAGGAAAAGGAUCAGAUCCUGCUGAAAACAACUGUGGGAACAUGGGCUUGCGGUUACCAGGCUUCGGAUUGCGUGCCUCGGGCAGUGGAAUACUUCCGCAAGUGGCAGACGGAUCCUAAUCCCGAUGAGAAUAAUCCCGUGCCCAUCGAUAUCCGUAACAUUGUGUAUUGCACUGCGAUCGAACAUGGCAGUGACAAUGAUUGGGAGUUCCUGUGGUCGCGGUACUUGAAGGCGAACGUUGCAAGCGAAAAGCUUACCAUUCUGGAUGCUCUGUCCUGUUCGCAGGAGGUGUGGCUACUGCAGCGCCUCUUGGAGAUGACCUUCGACCCCAAGGGUGACAUCCGCAAGCAGGAUUCGGCUUGGGUCUUCACUUCAGUGGCUGCCAAUGAAGUGGGUUUCCUGUUGGCGAAGAAAUAUUUCAUGGACAACGUGGAGUCUAUCUACAAAUUCUACCAUCCUCUUCCCAAGGUUUUUUCUCGUCUGUUGCCGCCAUUAUAUGAGCAGAUCUUCAACCGGAUUGACUACAAUGAGUUCAAGGACUUUGUUGCCAAUUCAAGGGAUUCCUUCAAGGGUCUGGAGCAGGCGACCCAGCAGGCCCUGGAAAUAAUGCUAACCAAUGUGCAAUGGAAUGAGCGAAACUAUGCCAACUUUUCCAGCGCCAUUCGGGAGUUCCAUUAGGAAUAUAAAUCAUUUUUGAAGUUCCUUGAAUAAACUGAUAAAUAUCGAAUUAGUAGUGUUCAAUAAAUUGGGGUCGCCCUG